AUGCAUUGAUCAUCGCUGUGCGGAGUUUACAUCUAAAUAUGGCCGCUGCGGAAGCAUUCAACGUUGAGAAACUUUUGUCACUUUUGAGAACAUGCCGAGGAGAGAAGAACGAAAUACUAAUAGACAUGUAUGUUGACGCAUACGAGGAACUGGGAAAACUUCUGGUUCUCUUCGGGAGUGUUUUUGGUUUUGUCAACUCUGAUGUAACCAGCAAGGUUGAGAUUCUCCGAGCCUAUCGGAGCUCAGGACAAUCAGAGAACUUUGACUCCAUCAAGUCCAUGCUGGACUACGAGGUCAAGAACAAUCUCACCGCCAGGAAAGACAAGCCAUCAGGAUCUCGCACCCUACUGCGCUUACAUCGAGCCCUGGAAUUCAUCGUGCAGAUCCUGGAAGAGAUAUGCAAGGGGGAUAAAGACACCAAGAUGGCCACUGUCUCCUUGCAAGCUUACAAUCGAACACUUGCUAAAUACCAUCCAUGGCUCAUCCGUAAGGGCGUCCACAUCUCCUUCUACACACUGCCGGGGAGGACUCAACUGCUGCAGCGGAUGCAGUUGCUGGAGGAGGAAAGAGCUCAGGCCGUCCUGAAAGAGAUCAUUUCGUUGGCCGAUAAUUUAUACACUGAAACACAGGUGCUGUAUGCGGAUAGAAACCUGCUUGAUCUACCAUAACUCCUCCUAGGUAUUUGUCCACAUCCUACAGUGUAUUCCUAUCUAUGAUUCCAUCUUCUAUGUGAUAGGGCAUGUGCCAAUAUUGGGUUAUACAACUUCUGCAGCUAACACUUGUAGUCUUAUUAUUAGUCACUUGUGGUAAGCAGUGUUUGAAAUAUGCAUGAAAGUCAAGGGUUCCAUAUUGUUAAGUCAAAAGUUCCAGGCUUAAUGUUUUUUAGUUCAUCCAGUGUAUCAUAUGAUGGUGAAUGGGUCCCAGGUUGCUAUCAUAAUAGAAUGGAUAACUGAGGAAGUACACUGAAGGACCUUGGUCUUCUUUGAUUUCCAGCACUGUUAAGUCCAUGUCUCUCCAGAAGUCCCAUGAUUUUAUUUCUGCAACAAGGUAAAUAGAGAUUAUAACCCUUGUGUGCACCAGUAUCACAAAUGUCAUAUGUUUGGAAAAAAAAUGUAUUAUUCGAGCCUUGGCCUCAUAUACUUCUAACAUAUGAUAUUUAUGAUACAGAAACGGGGUCACAGGUGGCCCAGUCAUCUGAGGCACAGCGAUUCUCUGUGCAGAGUUGCCUCCCUUGGGCACGCCAGAAACCUAUGAUUGUGGAUUUGAA